GAUCCUUCAUUGCACAAGUUGGCCGGCGGGCGCAAGAAGACAGUGUCCUUCAGUAGCAUACCCUCAGAGAAGAAGGUGAGCAGCGCGUCCGACUGCCUGGCCUUCAUGCAGGGGGGCUGUGAGCUGAAGAAGGUGCGUCCCAACUCCCGGAUCUACAGUCGUUUCUACACCCUGGACCAGGACCUCAGCUGCCUGCGCUGGGAGCCCUCUAAGAAGGAUGGGGAGCGUGCCCGCCUGGACAUGGUCACUAUCAGAGAGGUUAGGACAGGGAAGAGCACUGAGACCUUCCUGCAUAACGGACCUGCUGCAGAACACCUGGCUGAGGAGGCAGCCUUCUCUAUUAUCCACGGGGAUGACUACCAGUCUCUGGACCUGGUGGCUCUUUCAGCUGACGUGGCCAACAUCUGGGUGACAGGGCUCCGUUACCUGGUGUCCCACCCCUCUGCCAUCGGGCAUGGAGGGGGGGCAGGCGGGGGAGGAGGUCUGGGAGGAGGGAGCAUCAUAGGGGAGGGUAGCCUCGGCAGUAAGAUGAGGAGUGAAUGGCUGGCCACAGAGUUUGCCGAGGUGGAUGAAGACGGGUAUGGGAUCGUCGCAGAGGAUACGGCCGUGGCAACCAUCUGUAAGCUGUGUCCUGGCAUCAAGGAAGCUAAG